AUGGGGAGUGGGGAGCCUAAUCCUGCUGGCAAGAAAAAGAAGUACCUCAAGGCUGCCCUGUAUGUGGGUGACUUGGACCCAGAUGUUACCGAGGACAUGUUAUAUAAAAAGUUCAGGCCUGCUGGACCUCUGCGCUUCACCCGAAUCUGCCGUGACCCGGUGACCCGCAGCCCCCUGGGCUAUGGCUACGUUAACUUCCGCUUUCCUGCGGAUGCUGAGUGGGCACUGAACACCAUGAAUUUUGAUUUGAUUAACGGCAAACCAUUCCGUCUAAUGUGGUCUCAGCCAGAUGACCGCUUAAGAAAGUCUGGAAUUGGAAAUAUAUUCAUCAAAAACCUGGACAAAUCCAUUGACAACAGGGCCCUUUUUUAUCUGUUUUCAGCUUUUGGAAGCAUUCUCUCCUGCAAAGUCGUAUGCGAUGACAACGGCUCUAAGGGUUAUGCCUAUGUACACUUUGACAGCCUGGCCGCUGCCAAUAGGGCCAUCUGGCACAUGAACGGAGUGCGGCUCAACAACCGCCAGGUGUAUGUGGGCAGAUUCAAAUUUCCGGAAGAGAGGGCUGCUGAAGUUAGAACUAGGGAUAGAGCGACUUUCACUAAUGUUUUCGUUAAAAACUUUGGAGAUGAUAUGAAUGACGACAAACUGAAGGAACUUUUCAGUGAGUAUGGGCCAACUGAGAGUGUUAAAGUAAUAAGAGAUGCCAGUGGGAAAUCGAAAGGCUUUGGAUUUGUAAGAUAUGAGACACAUGAGGCUGCCCAAAAGGCUGUGUUAGACCUGCAUGGAAAGUCCAUCGAUGGGAAAGUGCUUUAUGUAGGGCGAGCACAGAAGAAAAUUGAACGUCUUGCUGAGUUAAGGAGAAGAUUUGAGCGGCUGAGAUUAAAAGAAAAAAGUCGGCCUCCAGGGGUGCCUAUCUAUAUUAAGAACCUGGACGAGACCAUUGAUGAUGAAAAACUGAAGGAGGAAUUUUCUUCCUUUGGAUCAAUUAGUCGGGCCAAAGUGAUGGUGGAGGUGGGGCAAGGCAAAGGGUUUGGUGUUGUCUGCUUCUCCUCUUUUGAAGAGGCUACCAAAGCAGUAGAUGAGAUGAAUGGUCGCAUAGUGGGCUCCAAGCCCCUGCAGGUCACUCUGGGCCAGGCCAGGCGCAGGUGGUAA